AUGAAUCAGAUGGACUCCUAUAACCCGUCCUUUUUUAAUCAGCCCAAUGCUCGCCAGCACUUUGUGACCACUUCGCCUGCGCAUGCCCAGUCCGCCCACCACCCGCCGCCCCCGCAGUCGUUUGCCGGAAGCCAGGUCGCCACGCCUCAGCUCGCCCACCAGCAGCAGCACCAGCAGCACCAGCAGUUCAAUGGCGCCGCCGCCUUCCCGCUGGCCUCGAGCAUGGGUCCCGCUACCGGGCCCGGUGGGGUCAUGAUGCAGUCGCCGCGAGUCCCCCAGACUCCCUACACCACCGCGUCCUUCUCCACGCCCGUCUCGGCCCCGCCCGUGUCCUCCGCCCACCACUUCGCCCAGUUUGCCAAGACCGUCAGCCCGCCCCGUCACGUCUCGCCGUAUGCCACUCCCCAGAACCAGCCGCAGCAUCAGCAAAGCUUCUCGCCGCCCGACCCGUCGCCCUCCAUGGCCGCCCCGGUGAACCUCCAGCCUCAGGCCCAGCCCAAGGCACAGACUCCCGCUAAGCCAGUCGCACAAGCCGUACCCGCCUCGCCGGGCGCCCACGCCAACCAGUCCAAGGAGCGCGAGCGGGUGACGUUGCUGCUCGACAUCAACCGUGAGCUGCUGCAGGAGAUCCUCAAGCUCCAGGAACAAGGCAAGGGCGGCUUUGUCGGCCAGCCGCCGCCGAACCCAGACGGGUCCGCGCCCGACGCCGGUAACAAGGUGGCGUCCAAGGAAUACAUUGACUGCAUGCGCCGUUUGCAAUCCAACCUGUCUUACCUCGCCUCUACCGCUGAGCGUGCAACAAAGCCAAACCAACCCACGCUUCCAGGUCCGGCAAUCAUGGCCAUCCCAUCCUCACCCCCGGCCCUUAACCAGAUGUACACUAAACUACAGGCCCUCUUCCCCAAUUGGAAAGGCGGCCAGCCCGUCCGGCCAGCCGUUCCUGGACAGAGUCCGCAACGGCCACCAAUGAUGCAGUCGUCGCCGCAGCAGGUGCCCUCGCAGGGCUGA